AUGGCCGAUUCAGCUGCCGGAGGCGAGGCCUCCAUUCUAAUUACCGUCGAGUUCACUGGCGGACUCGAGAUGCUCUUUUCCAAUGAGCGCAAACACCCAAUUGUGCUACCCCCUCGCUUAGAUGAUGGAAGUCGACCUAAUAUCACGUACCUACUUCAACACCUGGUCGAGCACGUCAUGAGAGACCAGAGGAAAGCAUUGUUUAUCAUGGAAGACAAUGUGCGACCGGGCAUCCUGGUUUUGAUCAACGAUACUGACUGGGAACUCGAAGGUGAAGAGAAAUACGAGCUUCAACAGGGAGAUAAUAUUGUCUUUGUGUCAACGCUACAUGGGGGAUAA